GCACCUUCUCUGGGUUGGGUGUGAAGAUGGAGACACGCCUUGCUCGCCGGCUAAGAAAAAGAGGCUUAGCUCCCUCUACCACCGUGGAGGUCAUCGACGACGUUAAGGAUCUCAGUGUCAAACCUCCAAACACCCCUUCCAACAAACGAAGAAAAAAAAAAGAGUGUUCAAACGACGCGCCGCCGUUCACGUGCGAAAUCUGCACGGACACCAAAACGAUGAAGGACUCUUUCAGCAUCACCGGUUGCUCCCACACAUAUUGCUCCAACUGCGUGGUAAUGUACGUGCGGACCAAGCUUGAGGACAACGUGACCAACAUCCAGUGUCCUGUUUCAGGAUGUUUAGGUCUAUUGGAGGCGGAGGACUGCCGCAGGAUUCUCCCGGCGGAGGUGUUUGACCGGUGGCUGAAGGCGGUGAGCGAGGCGAUGAUCCCGGAGUCGGAGAAGUUCUACUGCCCCUUCCCGGACUGUUCUGCUUUGUUGAUCAUUGACGGGAAGGAGGUGGUUGGGGAAUCGGAGUGCACCAAUUGCAAGAGAUUUUUCUGCGUGCAGUGCAAGGUACCAAUGCAUGGGGAGGUUACGUGCGAGGAGUUUCAGAAGCUGGGUGAGGAUGAGAGGGAGAUGGAAGAUUUGAUGCUGAUGGAGCUUGCUAAGGUUAAGAACUGGAAGAGGUGCCCCCAUUGCAGAUUCUACAUUUCCAAAAUAGAUGGCUGCAGCAUGGUUAGAUGCAGGUGUGGACAUAGCUUCAAUUACGGAAGGGGCAAACCAAAAUUGGAAGAAAUUAGAGUUCCUUACCAAAAAUUGAUUAUCAAUUUGACAAGAGGGGAAGGAGAGCUCCACGGUUCUGAGCUUAGUGAGUCCUCCGGCGAGGGUUGGCCGGAGAAGACGGUGGAUGGCGGCGGCUGGCGGCGGUUUACGGCGGAGGUUGUUGGAAUGGAGAAUUUCUUUAUGGGUUUUGCAGCUGAUGAUGAGGGGAGUUCAGUGGUAGUAUUCGUUUCUCCAAAAGCUAAGGGGUUCGCCGGAGAUCGAAGCUUGAAGGUGCGGUGGUUAGGGUUUCAAAGUUUCUCUGUUGUGGUGGCCAUGGGGCGCGUUCAGGGUCGUUUGAUGGUGAUGAAGGCGCGGUGGUGCUCGCGGCUGGCCAGAGAGAACGAAAGGGGGAGAGGCGGCACCACCGUCAGCGAGAUCUUCAGGCCGGGAGCGUCAUCGGUGUAG